AUGAAUUAUUGUCCGCAAUAUUUUCUACCGGAUUUGCGAGCGUUUCGAAAUUGUAGCGGAUUUUUUGAGAGCGAUCAGGAGUUUUGUGAUCAUAUCAAGGUUUGGCUUCGAGAAAAAUUGAUUGAAUUUUUUUCAAAAAAAAAAGUUACAGGAUCUUUAUGACAUUGAGUUGAUGACAAAAUGGGCUGUUUUUGUAGUUCCGUGUGUAGUUUGCUCAAUAUCCGCGGUUCUCGAUUUUUUCAUUCUAAUCAUUUUAUUUCGCAAUUUUCGUGGGUUAGAUGAAUCGUAAGUAUUCCUUCUUUAAAAAAAUGUUUUUUUUAAACAAAAAAAAAGUUUCAGCCUGAAAAAGCGGUACAUAUUUCUGCUAAGCCGCUGUUUUUCCUCAUUCAUGUCGGUAAUCGCAAUCAUUUUUCUUCCACUAACUCUUCUGGUUUCAAGGUUCAAUUUUUGGUUUUUAGUUGUGUUUAUUGUUUUUGAUACGUUGAGCUUUUUCACGUUUAUUGGUAAGUUUUUUCGUUUCCUCGGAACCACCCACGAAGCCUGGGAAAAAGUUUGAAUCCUACUGUACGCAACAGUGUGUGCAAACACACCAAGGCAAUUUUAAAUUUUAAAAAACCUGGAAUAGCUGUCUAACCGCUUAUAAAAAGAUUUCUCCCAAUUUCUUAACAACAAAAAAUUCCAGGAGCAUUUAUGGGUUUCGCCUUAACAAUGUACCUCGCAGUAAUUCACCCAUUUUUCUAUCGAACAACUAUAAGUUAUCGAAAAUGUAAACUAAUGAUUAUAUCAAAUUGGAUCGUUUCAUUAAUAGUCUCGAUAGCUGGUGGUAUUAUUCAAGCAGCAUUUAUGUCUUCAAACCCACCGUUUAUCUGUGAUUUUUCCACGUGUGAUCGACCUAUGUUAAUAUUCUCAAGUUAGUUAUUCUAUUAUCGAAACUCUCAUCGGUACCACGCGCUCCACCGAAAUAAACACGCAACGCAGACCGCGUCGCGCCACAACACACACAAAUAAGGGAACAAUUCAAAUUCCCUCCCUUUUUUGUGUGUUGUGGCGCGGCGCGGUCUGCGUCGCGUGUUUAUUUCGGUGGAGCGCGUGGUACCGAUGAGAUUUUCGAUAAUAUGUAUUGAAUAAUCAAUUUCAGUGAUCUUUGUAUGUAUUGGAUUUGGCUUCACAAUGAGUUUAUUACUUUUCGUUGUAUGCUCUUUAAAGGGACAUGAGAGGAAGAUGAAUAAGGUGAGACAGAAGCUUCUGAUUCUUAAAUAAUCUUCAAUUCCAGCUCAAUGAUAUCUCGCUAUCCUCAAACAUCCUAACAACUCGCUCAAUAAUUCGACGCCUUAUAUCAACUCUGAUAGUUUUCGGAUUAAUGGCCUCAUUCGAAAUAACAAUUAGUGUUAUGUUAUUCGAAAAUGCAUUUAAUAUGGAUAAAUUUAAAUAUAUUCCACCUUCGACUUCUUUGCCAGGGUUAGAUGAAUAUCCAUUGUAUUGUGAUGCGUUGAUUGAUAGUCGACAAAAAUGGUGUAUUGUUUUGUUGUGCUCAAUACUUACGUUGUUUUGGUGAGUGGAAUAGUGGAAUAUUGAAAUAAAAGUGGCAGAAAAAAGUAGUUAGAAAUAUAGAGAAUAAAUAGAACAAGAAAUGGAAUAGGUUUUAUAGUAUUUUUUAUCAGAAGAUCACAAAUCAUGAUUUCGAAAUGUGUCUCAAAAUAUACUGUACGCAAAAGUGCGUUGUAGUGUUUGCACAUGUCAACCCGCGCGACAGGGGUUUUUGAAGCUUGAAAUUUUAGAAUUUUCAUGUUUUCGAAAUUUUUAAAUGGUUGUACUAAUUUCACAAAAACUUUUGAGGAAAUCCGGGACCGCUUUCAAAAUUUAAAAUCAAAUUUUGAUCCAAAUAUUGUUAAUUAAAUGUUUUUUUUACCUAAAUUACUCCCUAAUCCACUCAAAAUUCUCGAAUUUCAGGACAAUAGGUUUAUUCCUGGAUCCAAUAUUCAUCAUCUGUUUCGAGCCGAUUGUCUCAAAAACCUUUAAGCAUUCGAUAAGAACCACACUAUCAUCAUUCAUAUCAUUUUUCUCGUCUUUUUUUCAAAAAUUCAUUUCUUGACUGAAUGUCAACAAUUUUCGACAAUUGCACAUCUCGUUAUUAUGAUCUCGAAUUCUAUUUUGAAAAUUGUACAGAUACCGCAAAUCAAUGUUUUUUGAUAACAGUGAGUUUUUGGUUUUUUUCCUCCAAAAAAAUUUCCCCUAUGAUUUCCAGCAAGUUCAUUUAGUGGCAGUAAUUCUAAAAUGGUUCAAUUAUUAUUUAUGCACUUUUAUGUUCUGUUUAGCGGGAAUUCUAAAUGUUUAUACAAUUUCUAUUAUUUUUCCACUAUUUCUAAAAAUGACUCAAAGGUUAGUAAUAAGAAAAGUUUAUGUAUUGAACAUUUUAACGUUGCAGAUCUCAAAAACGUUAUGUAUUUGUUCUCAGCCGACUUUUCUCCUCAAUCAUCGCUGUUUUUGUCCUAGUCGUUCUUCGAUGUAUACUUUUUGUUUGGUUCGCUCCAACCGCUGCUGGAUUUUGGAUAAUGGUUUUCUUGGUUACUCUAAAUGAUUUCAGUUUUUAUAGUUUGAUGGGUAGGUUCAAUUUAUUUAUGUUGCGAAAUUUUAUCAAUGUUUUCGUUUUUUUCUUAGGUUCAUAUAUCGGAAUGGCGUUUAUUAUCUAUUUAGGAGUUUGUCAUCCAUGGUAUUAUGAAAAUGACGUGGAACUUCGUCAUAUUUUUUACAUGGCAAUCGGAAAUGUUGUCACAUCUCUGACUGUUUCGGUGAGGGGUUUCACGUGAAUUUUUGGAUUCAGAAUUUCCAAAAAAAAAAUUAUUUGCCACGUGGAUUUGUAGCUUCAGAAUUAAAAAAAAGUUUAUUCAUUCGCACGUGGAUUUUUGGCUUCAAAAUUUUCAACAAACAAAAUAAUUAUUUGCCACGUGGAUCUUCAGAUUUCCCACGUGGAUUUUCGGCUCCAGAAGUUUCAAAAAAAAAAUUAUUUGCCACGUGGAUGUUCAACUUCAGAAUUUUCAAAAAUAAAAUAACUUGCCAUGUGGAGAAAUUUCAAAACUACAUAAUUUUCCACGUCGAUUUUCGACUUCAAGAUUUUUUUCAGAUACCAACAGCCUUUUUCGCCGCAGGAAGUUACGCAAUGGGACCAGUUAAAUGUGACAGUGAUUUAUGUGCAUCAAUUCUCAGUUGGAUAAAUUGUAUGUAGCCUGAUCCCAAAAUCUCAUCAAAAUAAUAAUAAUUUCAGUUUUCAGUUAUUCUAACUUCAUUUUCAUUUGGAAUUACAAUUUCCAUAUUAUCCUACGUUCUCUGCCUUUUAUUUUAUUAUGAGUACAAAGCUCGUCGAAUAAUUGGAAUGUCUGGACUGGCACAUGCAAAGUCAAAAGUUGGUUGGACACUUUUUGCGAUUUGCUUGAUUGCGUUUGGUGAAGGAAUUCCAUCAGCUUUUUUAUUAAGCGUUAAUGCUGGUAGGAAUUAUUUUUUUAGAUUUGUGUAUAGAACUCAAAAAAAUAUCUCAAUUAUAGAUAAUGUUCUAUCAACUUGUCGUAACUUUUAUGAAGCUGACAAACUUGUGAUUCCAACAAUUUUAUCCUGUUUAUGCACUUUGAUUUGGUCCGUUGUUUUAUUAAUCGACCCAUUUGUAAGCAUAAUUUCGGAUGAUUUAGUUGUCAGAGAAAUUCAAAGCCAGGUAAGUCCCGCAAACUCUCUCUCUCUCUCUCUCUCUCUGAAUUUUCAAAAAAAAAUUUCAGAUAAACUGGACACGUCUUCUCUACGCCAAACUUCUAAAUCGACAAUUUUCCGGAAAAUAA